CUCCCUCCUCCCACCUCAGGACAGGACAAAACCAGCCCCUUCAGCAGCUGACCCUUGCUGCCCUGGGUGUGUCUGCUGCCCCCAUGGGCUGCAGCCGGUAAGUUUUGCUAACAGCUGCACACCCAGGCAACUGUCCCUCUUUAGAAGGGAAAGAGGCCGCUGAGCAGCCCUUCCGGGAGAAUCUCUCGUCCCAGGUUUCUGGAGAGUGCUGGAAUCCCCGCAGCCGGAGGAGGAGGAGGAGACGACCGACCGGCUUGGCGUGGCGCUCCGCUGGGGGUGGAAAGGCAGGGGAGGGGCUGAGCGAGCUCUGUGCUAGGCUGGGUGCCUGAAACCCUGGUCCAGCCCCCGGCCCUCGCGGCCACCGCCCAGCCCGCUGUUCCAUGGCCAGGUGCAAAAUGCCUUGUCAUCUGGAGAGCCCGCGGCCGGAGCAUUGAAUUACAGCUCAAUGGAGCCCCGCUAGGGCGGCGGGCGCGGAAGCAGAGCAGAAGCCCCUGUUCUCGGAAGGCCCGCUGAGCGGCCAGGUGAGCACAGCCCGGGCAGCGCAGCCGAGGCAGGGUCCGAGCCUUGCCCAGUGGAGCAGCCCGGGGGUGGGGUCUGUUCGCUUUUAAGAGAAGAAGCUCGGAGCCGAAAGCCGAGCCUGCCCUCCCCGGGAGAGGACCCACUAGCUGCCCCUCUGCCGUCUGCGACCUUCCCCAGCCCUCCAGGCGCCCUGGGCGCACGGAGCUCUGCUCGCGCCAGACAUGCUGAGGGUCUUCUUCCUCUACGCGGAGAACGUCCACACCCCGGACUCCGACAUCAGCGAUGCCUACUGCUCCGCGGUGUUCGCAGGGGUGAAGAAGAGAACCAAGGUCAUCAAGAACAGCGUGAACCCUGUGUGGAAUGAGGGCUUCGAGUGGGACCUCAAGGGCACUCCCCUGGACCAGACCUCUGAGCUUCAUGUGGUGGUCAAAGACCAUGAGAAGAUGGGGAGGAACAGGUUCCUGGGGGAGGCCAAGGUCCCGCUGCGGGAGGUCCUCGCCACACCCAGCCUGUCCGCCAGCUUCAAUGCCCCGCUCUUGGACGCCAAGCAGCAGCCCACGGGGGCCUCGCUGGUCCUGCAGGUAUCCUACACGCCGCUGCCUGGAGCUGUGCCCCUGUACCCGCCCGCCACGCCGCUGGACCCCACCCCAAUCCUGCUGGACUCGGAUGCACUGGCUGGUGGGGGACAGAGCCGGGCCGAGACUUGGUCCCUGCUCAGUGACAGCACCGUGGACACGAGAUACUCUGGAAAGAAGUGGCUGGCCCCCGCGGACACAGGAGGAGAGGAAGACACGGAAGACCAGGGGCUCACGGGCGAUGAGGCAGAGCCAUUCCUAGACCCGAGCGGUGCUCCGGGCCCUGGGGCACCCCCCACCCCAAAGAAGCCGCCAUCCCACCCUCCGCCCUACCACCCUGGGAGCAGGAGACCAAGAAGCGCGCCGGCCCCCAGAAAGCUGCUGUCGGACAAACCGCAGGACUUCCAGAUCAGGGUCCAGGUGAUCGAAGGACGCCAGCUGCCGGGGGUGAACAUCAAGCCGGUGGUCAAGGUCACGGCUGCCGGGCAGACCAAGCGGACGCGAAUUCACAAGGGGAACAGUCCUCUCUUUAACGAGACUCUUUUCUUCAACGUGUUUGACUCUCCCGCAGAGCUGUUCAAUGAGCCCAUCUUCAUCACAGUGGUGGACUCCCGCUCCCUCAGGACAGAUGCGCUCAUCGGGGAGUUCCGGAUGGACGUGGGCACCGUUUACAGAGAGCCCCGGCACGCCUAUCUCAGGAAGUGGCUGCUGCUCUCCGACCCUGACGACUUCUCUGCUGGCGCCAGGGGCUACCUGAAAGCCAGCAUGUGUGUGCUGGGACCAGGAGACGAAGCGCCCCUGGAGAGAAAAGACCCCUCUGAAGACAAGGAGGACAUUGAAGGCAACCUGCUGCGGCCCACAGGCGUGGCCCUGCGAGGAGCCCACUUCUGCCUGAAGGUCUUCCGGGCCGAGGACCUGCCGCAGAUGGACGACGCCGUGCUGGACAACGUGAAGCAGAUCUUCGGCUUUGACAGUAACAAGAAGAACUUGGUGGACCCCUUCAUGGAGAUCAGCUUUGCAGGGAAAAUGCUCUGCAGCAAGAUCCUGGAGAAGACAGCCAACCCUCAGUGGAACCAGAGCAUCACGCUGCCUGCCAUGUUUCCCUCCAUGUGUGAGAAAAUGAGGAUUCGCGUCAUGGACUGGGACCGCCUCACUCACAAUGACAUCGUGGCCACCACCUACCUGAGUAUGUCGAAGGUCUCUGCGCCUGGAGGAGAAAUUGAAGAGGAGCCCGCAGGUGUGGUCAAGCCUCCACCAGCCACAGACCUGGAUGACCAUCUGGGCUUCCUCCCCACUUUUGGGCCCUGCUAUGUCAAUCUCUAUGGCAGCCCCAGGGAGUUCACGGGCUUCCCAGACCCCUUCGUGGAGCUCAACAUGGGCAAGGGGGAAGGUGUGGCCUACCGAGGCCGGCUCCUGCUCUCUCUAGAGACCAAGCUGGUGGAGCACAGCGAGCAGAAGGUGGAGGACCUCCCUGCAGACGACAUCCUGCGGGUGGAGAAGUACCUGCGGAGGCGCAAGUACUCCCUGUUUGCUGCCUUCUACUCGGCCUCCAUGCUGCAGGACGUGGACGAUGCCAUCCAGUUCGAAGUCAGCAUCGGGAACUACGGGAACAAAUUCGACACCACCUGCCUGCCGCUGGCCUCCACCACGCAGUACAGCAGGGCUGUCUUUGACGGCUGCCACUACUACUACCUGCCCUGGGGCAACGUGAAGCCUGUGGUGGUGCUGUCCUCCUACUGGGAGGACAUCAGCCACAGGGUCGAGACACAGAAUCACCUGCUUGGGAUCGCCGACCGGCUGGAAGCUGGUCUGGCGCAGGUCCACCUGGCCCUGAAGGCGCAGUGCUCUGCCGAGGACGCCGACACCCUGGGGGCUCAGCUGAUGGAUGAGCUCAUUGCAGACUGCAGUCAGCCCCUGCACGAUGUCCGUGAGACGCCCUCUGCCACCCACCUGGACCAGUACCUGUACCAGCUGCGCAGCCGCCACCUGAGCCAGAUUGCAGAGGCUGCCCUGGCGCUGAAGCUCGGCCACAGCGAGCUCCCUGCUGUCCUGGAGCAGGCGGAGGACUGGCUGCUGCGUCUCCGUGCCCUGGCUGAGGAGCCCCAGAACAGCCUGCCGGACAUCAUCAUCUGGAUGCUGCAGGGAGACAAGCGUGUGGCCUACCAGCGGGUGCCCGCCCACCAGGUCCUCUUCUCCCGGCGGGGGGCCAGCUUCUGCGGCAAGAACUGCGGGAAGCUGCAGACCAUCUUUCUGAAAUAUCCCAUGGAGAGGGUGCCUGGAGCCCGGAUGCCAGUGCAGAUUCGGGUCAAGCUCUGGUUCGGGCUGUCUGUGGAUGAGAAAGAGUUCAACCAGUUCGCUGAGGGGAAGCUGUCCGUCUUCGCUGAAACCUACGAGAACCAGACCAAGCUGGCUCUAGUCGGGAACUGGGGUACCACGGGCCUCACCUACCCCAAGUUUUCCGACGUGACGGGCAAGAUCAAGCUACCCAAGGACAGCUUCCGCCCCUCCACUGGCUGGGCCUGGGCUGGAGACUGGUUCGUGUGUCCGGAGAAGACUCUGCUCCAUGACACGGAUGCUGGCCACUUGAGCUUCGUGGAGGAGGUGUUUGAGAACCAGACCCGGCUCCCUGGAGGCCAGUGGAUUUACAUGAGUGACAACUACACGGACGUGAAUGGGGAGAAGGUGCUUCCCAAGGACGACAUCGAGUGCCCCCUGGGUUGGAAGUGGGAAGAUGAAGAGUGGUCCACCGACCUCAACAGGGCUGUUGAUGAGCAAGGCUGGGAGUACAGCAUCACCCUCCCCGCCGACCGGAAGCCCCGGCACUGGGUGCCGGCAGAGAAGAUGUACUACACACACCGCAGGCGGCGCUGGGUGCGCCUGCGCAGGAGGGACCUCAGCCAGAUGGAAGCCCUGAAGAAGCACAGGCAGGCGGAGGCGGAGGGCGAGGGCUGGGAGUAUGCCUCGCUCUUUGGCUGGAAGUUCCACCUCGAGUACCGCAAGACUGACGCCUUUCGCCGCCGGCGCUGGCGCCGCCGCAUGGAGCCACUGGAGAAGACGGGGCCUGCGGCUGUGUUUGCCCUCGAGGGGGCCCUGGGCGGCGUGGUGGAUGACAGGAGUGAGGAUUCCAUGUCGGUCUCCACCUUGAGCUUUGGCGUGAACAGACCCACGAUUUCCUGCAUCUUUGACUAUGGGAACCGCUACCACCUACGCUGCUACAUGUACCAGGCCCGGGACCUGCCUGCGAUGGACAAGGACUCAUUUUCUGACCCCUACGCCAUCGUGUCCUUCCUGCACCAGAGCCAGAAGACCGUGGUGGCGAAGAAUACCUUGAACCCCACCUGGGACCAGACGCUCAUCUUCUAUGAGAUCGAGAUCUUCGGCGAGCCAGCCAGCAUUGCCGAGCAGCCGCCCAGCAUCGUGGUGGAGCUGUACGAUCAUGACACCUACGGUGCCGACGAGUUUAUGGGCCGCUGCAUCUGUCAGCCGAGUCUGGAGCGGAUGCCCCGGCUGGCCUGGUUCCCACUGCUGAGGGGCAGCCAGCCGGCCGGCGAGCUGCUGGCCUCCUUUGAGCUCAUCCAGAGAGAGAAGCCGGCCGUCCACCACAUCCCCGGUUUCGAGGUGCCGGACAGCUCAGGCAUACUGGAUGAGCUGUGUGCACCCGCCCUCCUCCUGCAGGGCCUUCUGCAAACGUCGGAUGACACGGACCUGCCCUACCCACCACCCCAGAGGGAGGCCAACGUCUACAUGGUUCCCCAGAACAUCAAGCCUGUUCUGCAGCGGACAGCCAUAGAGAUCCUGGCCUGGGGCCUGCGCAACAUGAAGAGCUACCAGCUGGCCAGCAUCUCCUCCCCCAGCCUCGUGGUGGAGUGCGGGGGCCAGGCUGUGCAGUCCUGCGUCAUCAGGAACCUCCGCAAGAACCCCAACUUUGACGUCUGCACUCUUUUCAUGGAAGUGAUGCUGCCCCGGGAGGAGCUCUACUGCCCGCCCAUUGUGGUCAAGGUCAUUGAUAACCGCCAGUUUGGCCGCCGGCCUGUGGUGGGCCAGUGCACCAUCCGCUCCCUGGAGAGCUUCCUGUGUGACCCCUACUCAGCUGAGAGUCCAUCGCCACAGGGAGGCCCAGAUGACGUGAGCCUGCUCAGCCCUGGGGAGGACGUGCUCAUUGACAUCGAUGACAAGGAGCCGCUCAUCCCCACCCAGCUUGCAGAUGGGCUGUCGAGCUUGGUCCCCACUAACACGGCGUCUUCUCCAUCCAGUCCUCAUGAAGAAGAGUUCAUCGAUUGGUGGAGCAAAUUCUUCGCCUCCACAGGGGAGAGGGAGAAGUGUGGCUCCUACUUGGAGAAGGAUUUUGACACACUAAAGGUCUAUGACACCCAGCUGGAGAAUGUGGAGGCCUUCGAGGGCCUGUCUGACUUUUGUAACACCUUCAAGCUCUACCGGGGCAAGACUCAGGAAGAGGUGGAAGAUCCGUCUGUCAUUGGGGAAUUCAAGGGCCUCUUCAAAAUUUAUCCACUCCCAGAAGACCCAGCUAUCCCCAUGCCCCCCAGACAGUUCCACCAGCUGGCUGCCCAGGGGCCACAGGAGUGCUUGGUCCGUAUCUACAUCGUCCGUGCCUUUGGCCUGCAGCCCAAGGACCCCAACGGGAAGUGUGAUCCUUACAUCAAGAUCUCCGUAGGGAAGGAAUCAGUGAGCGACCAGGACAACUACAUCCCCUGCACCCUGGAGCCUGUGUUUGGAAAGAUGUUCGAGCUCACCUGCACCCUGCCCCUGGAGAAGGACCUGAGGGUCGCUCUCUAUGACUAUGACCUCCUCUCCAAGGAUGAGAAAAUCGGGGAGACGGUCAUCGACCUGGAGAACAGGCUGCUGUCCAAGUUUGGGGCUCGCUGUGGCCUCCCACAGACUUAUUGCAUCUCUGGACCAAACCAGUGGAGGGACCAGCUCCGCCCCUCCCAGCUCCUCCACCUCUUCUGCCAGCAGCACCGAGUCAAGGCCCCCGUGUACUGGACAGACCACGUGACCUUCCAGGGUAAAGAGUACACCAUUGAGGACAUAGAGGCUGGCAGAAUCCCGAACCCCCACCUGGGUCCAGUGCAGGAGCGCCUGGCUCUGCACGUCCUCCAGCAGCAGGGCCUGGUUCCGGAGCACGUGGAGUCGCGGCCCCUCUACAGCCCCCUGCAGCCCAACAUCGAACAGGGGAAGCUGCAGAUGUGGAUAGACCUGUUCCCGAAGGCCUUGGGGCGACCUGGACCCCCCUUCAACAUCACCCCACGGAGAGCCAGGAGGUUUUUCCUGCGCUGCGUUAUCUGGAACACCAAAGAUGUGAUCCUGGACGACCUCAGCAUCACGGGGGAGAAGAUGAGCGACAUUUACGUGAAAGGCUGGAUGGUGGGCCUGGAGGAGCACAGGCAGAAGACGGACGUGCACUACCGCUCGCUGGGCGGAGAGGGCAACUUCAACUGGAGGUUCGUCUUCCCCUUUGACUACCUGCCGGCUGAGCAGGUCUGCACCGUCACCAAGAAGGACGCCUUCUGGAGCCUGGAUAAGACUGAGAGCAAAAUCCCAGCGCGAGUGGUCUUCCAGAUCUGGGACAACGACAAGUUCUCCUUUGAUGACUUCCUGGGCGCCCUGCAGCUGGAUCUCAACCACAUGCCCAAGCCAGCUAAGACGGCUGAGAAGUGCUCCCUGGAGCAGCUGGACGAAGUCUUCCACCCAGAACGGUUUGUGUCCCUCUUUGAGCAGAAGACGGUGAAGGGCUGGUGGCCCUGUGUGGCAGAUGAGGGCGAAAAGAAGAUCCUGGCGGGCAAGCUGGAAAUGACCUUGGAGAUUGUAGCAGAGAGUGAGCAUGAGGAGCGGCCCGCUGGCCAGGGUCGAGAUGAGCCCAACAUGAACCCCAAACUGGAAGACCCGAGGCGCCCGGACACCUCCUUCCUGUGGUUCACCUCCCCGUACAAGACGAUGAAAUUCAUCCUGUGGCGGCGCUUCCGGUGUGCCAUCAUCCUCUUCAUCAUCCUCUUCAUCCUCCUGCUGUUCUUGGGCAUCUUCGUCUAUGCCUUCCCGAACUAUGCUGCCAUGAAGCUGGUGAAGCCCUUCAGCUGAGGGUGCCCCCACCCCAUCCAGCUCCUGCAGACCUCUGAGGCCGGACCGUCCUGCCAGGGUGGGCGGAUGCGCGGAAGGACUGACGAGUGCUCCCAGAGCGGCAGGCGUCGAGCCCUGGUGUCACCGCCUUUCAUCAUCGCUGUCUCCUCCGGCCCUCCCCUCCUUUGGAUCGGCUCGCACACAUUUCAGUAUAAAACAGACAGAACCUCGA